AUGGGUCAUCAGAGACGGAGACGCAAAUGUGAUGGAAGCCGUCCCAAUUAUCGGGAAUGCCAUAUAAGACGUGACAGAUGCUUUUGGGGCCUCAAGGUCUCUUUUCAUCCGUCAAGAUCACUCCAGCUCUCAUCGGAACAUGUAGCUGCCCUGGGGGCUGUCGAUAGGCAGAGACAAGAAGCUCAAGUCAGUGCGGCCAAAGCUGCGGAACCUUCCUCCCCAACGCUCAUUAUUAUAGAUGACACGGGUGACAUUGUUCAGUCUUAUACAAGAGAUGAUGCUCAGUCACCCGAGAAUGGUUCUGACUGCCAGGUCGAACAAGAUACUGGCUCCGAACACAUCCGAGGCGCCUCAGAUCUCACACCCAGAGCCUCACAGCCUUAUCUAGGCUAUUUUAACAAUGGAAGAGGUGGAAUUUACGUUGAGGAAUCAGGGCAUAAUGGCUUAAACGAUGACAAUGCUGCCCCCGGCGAGCCUAUACACCCUUUCGACGUCACACAGCCUCUAGAGCUUCCCCCAUCAGAUGUUUUCAGACCGCCACUCAUCUCUGAUUCUUCAUUCCCUGGCUCAUCCAUCUCUCCCUUCUCCCUCGGACAAGCUUUCUCCCGCCGUGCUCCCCCCGAGCCUGAACCUCGGUUCCCCGUCUCGCAGCAGAUCAAGGCUGACCUCAUCUCCAACUACAUAAGGGAGACCGCCACGUGGUGUGAGACGACGGACUCUGACAUGCACUUUUCUGCGCGAAGCGUUCAUCGCAUGAUGGAGUCUACUCCCUUUGUCGCUGCUGCCAUGUCUCUGGCUUCCCGUCAGCUUGACAGCUUGAGGGGACGUCCUAGACAGACCACGCUCGAGUUGUAUCAGUAUACCGUCCGUCUUCUGCUCAGCCAUGACCAUGCUGUUGAUGGGUCAUUCAUCUUGGCAACUUGCACCUUGCUUUGUGUCUACGAGAUGAUGGCGUCAACUGUGGCCGAGUGGCGGCGUCACCUUCAGGGAUGUGCUGGCUUAUUACGGAUGCGAAAGUGGAACGAUGUGUGGGCCGCAUUCAUCUUGAACCAAACAACACUCAUCCCCACUGACUCGUGGGUUGAGGCGGACUCGCUUGCAGAAGUUGCUGCUAGAGGCAACACGGACGACUACUGUAACUUUUCUAUCCUCGUAUUUGCAAGAAUCAUCAACCUCCUCAACGCAGGCGGUGACUCCUCGUCAGCUGAGUGGAGGGACAAGGCACAGGCGUCGUGGGAAGAGCUUCAACAGUGGAGGCGCUGGCAUCAACAGAGUGCUAAGCCGCUGAUGAGAGUGGAUGCUGGAAACAAGAAUCCUUUUCCGACCAUUGUCUUUGCAUUAUCUGCAUCUAUAUGUGGGAAUACCUUCUACCAUACUGGCUCAAUCCUUCUACUGCAAAGCGGAUUGGUCCCGGCCACUUCUUCAGUCGAUGAAAAACGGGCGGUAAGCUACGAAUUAGAUCCAGUUGAAUGGGAAUGGAGAGUUGGAGGGUUAACCAUCUCUAGCGCGAUCCUGUAUGGCAUGCCCGUGAACUUGGAGGCAUCUCUAUCAGCAAUCCAUCACACAAAACCCCUUAUCCUGACCACCAUCAGGGUGGCCAUGUGCACCCUGCCACCCCCUCGUCUGUGGGUGAAUCAACAGACGAGGGUGAUGGAAUGUCAGAGACUGGUGAUUUUCCCGCAGAAAAGAUGGCGCUUUUGA